AGCCAGCGCGCCGUGCACUCCUGCUGGAGCACGGGCUGGAGCACUGCCGCAGCGCUGCGCUGGCAGGUCGCCCCCACACUUGCCCUACUCCCCAGCCACAGGCAGGUGCCUCUGCAAAGCUGUCGCAGCACUCUGCGCUGCCCUCCCUGAAGUUCAGUGUGCAUCACUGCUGCUCAUUCUCAAACCCUUCCUUUCCCCACGUGGUUCCAGCUGCAGACCCCAGCUGGUGCAAUUACUUCAAGGUUGCCUAGCGCCCCCUGGCGGAGUGUGUGGCGCGUCCGACUUGCAGACUCCCACCGCAGGUACAGGGAGCUGCAAAAGGCGUGGUGGCUGCGACGCUGGAGUGAGAUAGCUGGCAACAGCUGAUGAAGCUGCAGCGCACUCGGACUGGCGAGUACGAAGCCCAGCCCAACGCAGAAGAUAGACUAUCUCCAGAUUUCUGAACUCAAAUGCUUCCUGAAGCUUGAAUACAGACGCAUUCAGUGGCACCGGGGGCAGACAGACAGCAAGUGUUCAUUUUUAGGGCGCCGAGUCUUCUGCUCGCAAGGAAGAGUUCUGCCCGAAAGAGCCUGUAGCCCUUCUGUCUUGGUUAAGCAGGACCCUGACUCCAGGCGCUGGCCUGGGGACCCUGUUGCAAAGUGGGUGCGUGUAGAGAGAGCAAGGCUUAACCACUUAACCGAGAAAUGGAUAACGUCCUCCCAGUUGACUCAGACCUCUUCCCAAACAUCUCCACCAACACCUCGGAGCCCAACCAGUUCGUGCAGCCUACCUGGCAAAUUGUCCUUUGGGCAGCUGCCUACACGGCCAUCGUGGUGACCUCCGUGGUGGGCAAUGUGGUGGUGAUGUGGAUCAUUUUGGCCCACAAGAGAAUGAGGACAGUCACCAAUUAUUUCCUGGUGAACUUGGCCUUCGCAGAGGCCUCCAUGGCUGCGUUCAACACAGUGGUGAAUUUCACCUAUGCUGUCCACAACGAGUGGUACUACGGCCUGUUCUACUGCAAGUUCCACAACUUCUUCCCUAUCGCGGCAGUCUUUGCCAGUAUCUACUCCAUGACAGCUGUGGCCUUGGAUAGGUACAUGGCCAUCAUCCAUCCCCUCCGGCCCCGGCUGUCAGCCACAGCUACCAAGCUGGUCAUCUGUGUCAUCUGGGUCCUGGCUCUCCUGCUGGCCUUCCCCCAGGGCUACUACUCCACCACGGAGACCAUGCCCAACAGAGUGGUGUGCAUGAUUGACUGGCCAGAGCAUCCCAACAAGAUGUACGAGAAAGUGUACCACAUUUGCGUGCCUGUUCUGAUCUACUUCCUCCCCCUGCUGGUGAUCGGCUAUGCGUACACCGUAGUGGGAAUUACGCUGUGGGCCAGCGAGAUUCCCGGGGACUCCUCUGACCGAUACCACGAGCAAGUCUCUGCCAAGCGCAAGGUGGUCAAGAUGAUGAUCAUCGUGGUGUGCACUUUCGCCAUCUGCUGGCUUCCCUUCCACAUCUUCUUCCUCCUGCCCUACAUCAACCCAGAGCUCUACCUGGAAAAGUUCAUUCAGCAGGUCUACCUGGCCAUCAUGUGGCUGGCCAUGAGCUCCACCAUGUAUAACCCGAUCAUCUACUGCUGCCUCAAUGACAGGUUCCGGCUGGGCUUCAAGCAUGCCUUCCGGUGCUGCCCCUUCAUCAGUGCGGGCGACUACGAGGGGCUCGAAAUGAAAUCCACCCGGUACCUACAGACCCAAGGCAGUGUGUACAAAGUCAGCCGCCUGGAGACCACCGUCUCCACAGUGGUGGGAAACCAGGAGGAGGAGCCCGAGGAUGGCCCCAAGGCCACGCCCUCAUCCCUGGACCUGACCUCCAAUGGCUCCUCUCGCAGCAACUCCAAGACCCUGACAGAGAGCUUCAGCUUCUACUCCAACAUGCUCUCCUAGACCCUGGGGCCUUCAGCAGGGGCAGGGGCAGCCACCAUUGUCUUUGUCCUGCGUCACUUCAUGCAUGAAUAAUUCCUUGAUCUGAAAACCAUCAGAAACCCCUAACACUGGGGCUUGUGAAAAGUAUUAGAAUGGUUUAGGAAAAAUAUUCCAUCAUGGAGUUAAAAAACCUGGAUUCUUCCAUGUCAUUGCCACCCCCAUGCUGUGACCCGAGGCAAAUCAUCCAACUUCUCUGAGCCUAUAAAUGGGAAGGUUGUACUCCAUGUUCUCUACAAUCUAUUCCAUGGUUCUAGAAUAAACUUUGGUUGCAUGUGAGCACUCAUUUCAAGUUGAAUCCUGCAAUGUAGCAACAGAGUUACCUGUCUUGUUUGCCUGGAGCCUCUGUCUUAUGUUAGCAAAGUCAUUCUCAGUCAAGCUCAAAUUACUGUCCUUCAGCCAGAGGAGCCAAAGAAGGAACCCCAGAAAAGCUGAAUGAGAGAUUUAACCCCAAGCACUUGCAAAAAGAAUACAAAAUCCGUCUCUUUUCGACAUCUCAAUAUUUUAGGGCAUAUAAAUAUCAUGGGACUGAGAGCCUCAGAUUCAUCUGCAUUCUGUCCCCGGCGACUGUCCUAAGCAACUGAUGCAGGUAGAAUGUGUCCCCUAAUACCAGCUAAUGUCCAUCAUGGGUCAUCAAGAGUCAGGAGAGCUGUGCUGUACUUAAUCUGUCUAAGCCUUCCUUUCCUUAUUUAUAAAACUGUGGGGCUGAACUAGAUCAUCUAAGUGUCCCUCAAAUUUUAACAUUCAAUGGUUCAAUCAUUGCAUCAGUUUUUGUUUGUCUCACCAAAAAACAGUGGUCUCAGAAAGAAUAGAAGAGAGUUUAGCGAUUUAAUACCAAGCUCCUAGGGAAGUAGCAACUGCUAAGACCAUGUGUCAACACCCAUGUCAGCCAUUCUCUGAUUUGUCCUAAAACAUGAGUGCUUUUUUUCUCCUGGAAGUUUUUAGUCUUUAACAGAGCUGAGCACUUGGUGUCAAAGCCUGAGUCUCUCCACCAGGUUUUAGCAGGCAGAGCCUGCAGCUGGAGAUAACACCAGGAUAACCAAUUUGUGGACUCCCUGGCCUGGCCUUUUGGGUGUCUUAGGACAGAGGCACUAGCUUUACACUAGCAUCAGGCAUGUGCUCAGAUGCCCACUGAGCAAAAGGGCUGCACACAGCAGCAGUACCUCUGGGAAGAGGACACCUUGCAUCUUCCCUUUAGACUCUCAAAUCUCCCCCUUCCUGCCGCCCUGGCUUUGCUGGCCUCCUGUCUAUAAAGGUGGGCCAACACACGGACCCUACAGAACAGUUCACCUGCCAAGAUCCAUGCACUUAUGCUUCAUGUCCCAGUAAAGCUUUGGGAUUUCCAUCAGGUGAGCAUGCAGUUCUUUUCUGUCUCCCAGAUCUGUGCUUUGUCCUGAAGUGGCUGAAAGCAGAAACUUCAUGCAAUAUCCAUGAAUAUCCUCCUCAUCGUUUGAAGAAGGAUGCACAUGUGUUGUGUCCAUGGUGUGGAGGGAGAACAGCACUGUCCACAGGGUUCACAGCCUCACCAGCCCUGCUGGCUCUAAUCCUACCAGACCACACCAGGCAGGGCUGGGGUGGGGUGGGGGGAGGGUUGUUGUAGAGCAAUAGUAUAAGCUGGAAGGAACUGAGAACCAUACUCUGCAAAGCCUCAUAGGAAGGAUCAAAUAAAUUAAGUAAAGCUAGCUCAAUGCAGAUAUAUGAGCAGAAGACAUAAUUUAGGGACAACAAAAGCCAGUGCUGAAAACAUUAGUUAUACUUCCAAUAAAGAAUUGGAACAUUUAUGUAUGGAUGAUUGUCUUCAGGAGUCUAUAAAGAACCGGCAUGGUUAUGAGAAGAAGUUAAGAAGAAAGUUUCAAGGACUUGGGGACAUCCUGUCUAUGGAAGAGGUUAGAGUUGAGUUCAACAAGGAUCAUUAAGUACUUGCUCUGGACUUGGCCCUGAGCUGGGGACAGACAGCGUCUUCCACUCUUGAGGAGCCAUUGCUAACUCACCAGUCCAAGUGGGCUGAGGCCAUGCAGCAGGCAUGGAGGCAGCUGAGAAGCAGAUUCUCCCCAGGAUUCUAAAGACCCACGUUCAAUAUGUGUAAUCAAGCCAAGGGCUGAGACCUUCAGAGAAACUUGCGCAGUGAGAGUUCUCUGAGGUAGUUCUAAGGGGGGGCCACCAGUCAGAACAGGGGACCUAGUGAGACAUGGUUGGACAGCAUCGUCACUGCACAUUGUUAGAGUGUGAAUUGGUACUGCACUGUUUCAAAUAUGGCAAAACAGCACCUGUGAAGUAGCCCAGCAAGCCUUCCUCUGACCCAUUCUCCAGCACCCAUUUAACUUACAAGAAAUGUCAUCCUCUCCCACAUGUGAGAAACACCAGGAUUUGCGCUGUGCAUGGGGCUCAUUCUUACAGAAAUGUGUCACUCCUGUGUUUCUCUCCUAAGUCUGUUUCUUCGGUGUACUGUUCAGUAGGAAUAGAAUACAAGACAUCAUGGGGCCAAUCUUUGUUGUGUUACUUCCAAAAUAUGGGAUCCAGUUGCCGUCAGUGUGUUCUCUGUAUUGUGCCAACCUCUCCUCUUCCUCAUUGUUUCAAAAAAGAGGAGCUGAUGUAUAUUGUGGACUCACAGUCGGACCAUAGUUACUAAGGGGUGGGGAGGGGACCUUUUAGGGGAAGAUCUAAGGGGCAGAGUCCUUGUCCUCUCCCCAACACCAGAAUGCUGAGACAUGUUGGAAUGUUUUCUUUCUUGGAAGGAUUGAAAGGACUUCUAGGAAAAGAGGGCUCAGGAGCUGAACUCGUUGACCUGGCUUUCGGGAAGGAUCCUGUGUGUGAGCUGGGUCGUUCCUGAGAUAUCCAUUUUCCAGCCUGGGAUCCUGGAAAGAAUUUCCAUAGAGAAUAAAUAUGUGUUU